AUGAUGAUCGGCGACGGAAUUGACGACGAAGAAAAAUGGCUUGCCGAAGGCAUCGCCGGAAUCCAACACAACGCUUUCUUCUUGCAUCGCGCUUUGGACUCCAACAAUCUAAGAGAAGCACUAAAAUAUUCGGCGCAAGUCUUGUCGGAGCUUCGUACUUCCAGACUUUCGCCGCACAAAUACUAUGAGCUCUAUAUGCGAGCCUUUGAUGAAUUACGAAGGCUUGAGAUGUUCUUCAAGGAUGAAGAUAGGCAUGGUUGUUCCGUAGUUGACCUCUACGAACUUGUCCAACAUGCUGGGAAUGUUUUACCUAGGCUGUACCUUUUAUGCACAGUAGGAUCUGUUUACAUAAAAUCAAAAGAGGCUCCGGCAAAAGAUGUCCUGAAGGAUCUGGUUGAAAUGUGUCGUAGUGUUCAACAUCCUAUUCGUGGGCUCUUUUUGAGGAGUUAUCUGGCUCAGAUCAGCAGAGAUAAGUUACCAGAUAUUGGGUCCGAGUAUGAAGGGGAAGGCGACACUGUCCUGGAUGCUGUGGAUUUUGUGCUACAAAACUUUACAGAGAUGAAUAAACUUUGGGUUCGAAUGCAGCAUCAGGGACCUAUCAGGGCUAAAGAGAAACUGGAAAAAGAGAGGAACGAACUUCGAGACCUUGUUGGGAAGAAUCUGCAUGUCCUUAGUCAGGUUGAGGGUGUUGAUCUUGAAAUGUAUAAAGAGACGGUGCUUCCAAGGGUUUUAGAGCAGGUAGUAAAUUGUAAAGACGAGCUCGCUCAAUAUUAUCUGAUGGACUGCAUAAUUCAAGUCUUUCCGGAUGAGUACCACUUACAGACUCUUGAGACAUUGCUGGGUGCUUUCCCUCAACUUCAACCUGCCGUUGACAUCAGGAUGGUGUUAUCUCAACUUAUGGACAGACUGUCAAAUUAUGCCGCUUCUAGUCCAGAAGUCUUGCCAGAAUUUUUGCAAGUAGAAGCAUUUGCCAAGCUAAGCAAUGCUAUUGGAAAGGUGAUUGAAGCUCAGGUUGAGAUGCCAAUUGUUGGGGCUGUUUCCUUGUAUGUAUCUCUUCUAACAUUUGCUCUCCGAGUUCACCCAGAUCGCCUUGACUAUGUGGACCAAGUGCUGGGAGCAUGUGUCAAGAAACUAUCCAGCAAUGCAAAGCUUGAAGAUAAUAAGGCGACAAAGCAAGUCGUUGCCCUUCUGACUGCACCAUUGGAGAAGUUCAAUGACAUUGACACAGCUCUAACACUGUCUAAUUAUCCACGUGUCAUGGAUCAUCUUGAUGCUGGGACUAACAAAAUAAUGGCUAUGGUUAUCAUCCAAAGCAUUAUGAAAUACAAUACUUGUGUCUCUACUGCUGAGAAGGUACUUAUUUUCUGUUGCAUUUACCAUUCUGAUGAUGCCAACCUAAUAGGGCUUUUCCCUUUCUAUACCUGGAUGCAGGUCAAUGUUUUGUUUGAGUUGAUAAAAGGUCUGAUCAUGGAUAUGGAUGGUACUGUAACAGAUGAGCUCGAUGAGGAAGAUUUCAAGGAAGAGCAGAAUUCUGUGGCCCGACUCAUACACAUGUUGUAUAAUGGUGACCCAGAGGAGAUGUUAAAGAUAAUAAACACGGUGAAAAAGCACAUAUUGACUGGAGGUCCCAAGAGAUUGCUGUUUACAGUUCCCCCUCUGGUGUUUUCGGCACUCAAGUUGGUCAGAAGGUUGCAGGGACAGGAUGGAGAUGUUGCCGGGGAAGAGGUUCCCACAACUCCCAGGAAAAUAUUUCAGCUCUUGAAUGAGACAAUUGAGGCCCUUUCGUGUGUUCCAGCCCCUGAACUUGCAUUGAGGUUGUAUUUACAAUGUGCUGAGGCUGCCAAUGACUGUGAUCUAGAAUCUGUUGCUUAUGAAUAUUUCACUCAAGCUUUUCUGUUGUAUGAGGAAGAAGUUGCGGAUUCUAAAGCCCAGGUGACUUCAAUACACCUAAUAAUUGGGACUUUACAGAGGAUGAAUGUGUUUGGUGUCGAGAAUAGAGAUACUCUUACACACAAGGCAACAGGGUAUUCAGCUAAACUUUUAAAGAAGCCAGAUCAAUGUCGAGCAGUUUAUGCCUGUUCGCACCUCUUUUGGGUUGAUGAUCAAGAUGGAAUCAAGGAUGGAGAAAGGGUUUUACUUUGCCUAAAGCGUUCUUUGAGAAUCGCAAAUGCUGCACAACAGAUGGCCAAUGUUACCAGGGGCGGUGGUGGACCAGUUAUACUCUUUGUUGAGAUAUUGAACAAGUAUCUUUAUUACUUCGAGAAGGGGAACCCCCAAAUAACAAGUGCUGCCAUUGAAGGUCUAAUAGAACUUAUAAAAACAGAGAUGCAAAGCGACACCACCACUCCAGAUCCAGCUUCAGAUGCUUUCUUUGCCUGCACAUUGCGGUAUAUCGAAUUUCAGAAGCAAAAAGGCGGUGUGAUGGGAGAGAAAUUUGGGUCAAUCAAGGUUUGA